GAAGCCGUCUCCCGUUGCCUUGGCGACGACGCGGCGCCCCUCUCGCCCCCUCGGGGUUUUCUUUCUGCCUGCCCGCCAUGUCGUUGCGGACGCUGCCGCUGCUCGUCCUCAACCUGGGCGGGGAGAUGCUGUACAUCGUGGACCAGCGGCUGCGCGCGCAGAGCAUCCCGGGAGACAAGGCGCGCCAAGAUGAAUGGACUGAUGUGGACAGGAGACGAGUGAUGAAUGACAUCAUUGGGGGCAUCUUCAGUAAAAAUUUUAUGGAUGAGUUGUUUAAGCCGCAGGAACUCUAUUCCAGGAAAGCCCUAAGGGCAGUUUUUGAGCGGUUGGUUCAUGCCUCCAUCAUGAGACUGAAUGCCCCCAGUAUGGAUAAGCUUUAUGAUCUAAUGACUAUGGCUUUCAAGUACCAAGUUCUCCUCUGCCUUCGACCCAAGGACCUUCUGCUCAUCACUUUCAACCACCUGGACGCCAUUAAGGAUUUUGUCUAUGAAUCACCGAAAAUUCUGAACCAAAUUGAUGUUACCAUGCGCAAGUUCAUUGAUACCUACGUCUUGCUCUCUGCUGGGGAACUUCAGCUCAUCCGGCAAACGCUGCUCAUCUUUUUCCAGGACAUACAUAUCAGGGUUUCCAUUCUCUUAAAAGAUAAAGUCCAGAAUUCCAACGGCCAUUUUGUGCUGCCAACCUCAAGUUCAGUUCCUUGGGGGACAGAGAUCCCUGGACUCAUCAGACUUUUUAACAAUAAAGGAGAUGAAAUUCAGAGGAUUGAGUUCCGCAGUGGAGGAAAUUAUGUUCUUCCGUAUCGGGAAGGCUCAUUUAACCUUCAUGGAGACAGAGUCAUUAGACUGGGAACAAACAUAUACAGCAUCAGCCGACCUGUAGAGACAGAUGUAUCAGGGGCCACCAAAAACUUGGCAUCUCGUGUUAAGGAGAACACUGCUCCCAACCCUCUUGCUAAAGAAGAGCUGAAUUUAUUAGCCAGGCUGAUGGGUGGCUUGGAGAUCAAGAAGCCCCUAGUCAAGGAGGCUGGUUUUCGUCUGAAUCUUUUCACCACUGAUGAGGAGGAAGAGUAUGAUACUUGGCUUUCAAUGGUAGUAGCAAUGGUGACACGCUGCCCUGACUCGCCCAGAGGAGUUAUCCUAUCAAGUUCUCAAUAUCCAUGCAGACCAGGACCAGCAACGGAACGAGGAGCUAGAUCGUAUCAUGGGGGAAUUUGAGAUGUCAGAACAGCACGGUGAGACAAACAGCAAAGAAUGUGAUUUGUUGGCGAUGAUGGAUAAGCUAUAACCCUCAGCUCUGAAGAGCCACACAGCUUUAAUGCAAAGGAAUGUUAGGACACUCAGCUUGAUGUAAGAAGACCUAAGUCGGAUAGAACAGAAUGGGUUCUUAAACUAUCCAUUUUUGUUAAGACGUGAAAUUUCGGAAUUGUCUGAGAUCCAUUUAACUAGAACUGUCUUUUCUCUGGCAUUAGGAAAAUGUGGGCACAAGUGUGGGAAGACAUUCUACUGGAUAGUAGUUUUGUUCCUGUGCUAGUAAUGACGCUGCUCGUGUUAGCUAUUGUUAAAAAGAAAACCCAUAAAUCCCCAGGUACGUUUUGUAAAUAAAAAUGCAUACUAUGAAGUAACAAUUUGUUACCAUAAAAGCUAAAUUUACAAUGAUAUUGCAGCUAUUUUUAGCUGCAGCUGUAAAUAAGACAACCUUGUUUCAUUGCAGUGCUCACUCGUGUAAAUUUUUGUAAUCAAAAUCUGAUUAAAGUUAUUUCUCUCCCAGAGCUGA